AUCACAAGACUGUACACGUCGCUGUUAAUUACUCCCUACGGCAUUUGGCUGAAUACACAUCAUUGUCGGCUUUAUAAGGGCUACAAGACACCAUUACUCUUCAAACGUGAUGGCAGAAGGAGGAUCUUCUCAUGAAGUCUCUGAGAUCUCCAGACCUGAGAUGGAUUCCCACCUGUUAGAUUGUCCGAUCUGUCUGGAAAAGUUGCACCAACCCAAGUCGCUCCCGUGUCUUCAUUCCUUCUGCCAGGAAUGUCUGUCCACCUUCAUCACCAAUGAUAUAUCGGGAAAUAUGGCGUCCGCCACUGCCUUCCCAUGUCCAGUUUGUAGGAAGAUGACCAAUCCGGUCAAUGCGGCUGAGGACAAAGAUAAAUGGGCUCAACAGUUCCCAGCGAAUAAUUUGAUUAAAGGCCUGGUAAAAGUAGCAGAACGUGAGCCGAUGUAUUGUAAGCCUUGUCGGAAAAAAGGAAACACACGGACACCUGCAACAAUCUGGUGUAAAACUUGUAACGUCUUGUUUUGUGAGACCUGUAAACUCGAAUAUCACGAUUUGUUUCUUGACGAAUGUGAAACAGUAGAUGUAACAGGAAAAGCUGGUAUGGUACAACGACAAUUAACAAAACAAGUCAGAUGUGGCAAACAUACAGAGAAGAUGGAUUACUACUGUGAAGAUCACCAGAUACUUGGCUGUAGUAGAUGUAUCGCCAUAGACCACAGACGAUGUGACGAAGUAACAACGACACAGGAGUAUUGUGAUAAACUGAAGAGGGACUUACGCCUUGAUGACUUGAACACAUCACUGAAGAAAACAACGGAAGCCAUUGAGUUACUUAUCACAGAGUUUGGUGAGCAACUUCAGACCUUGUUAGAAGACCAAGACACUGGAUUGAAGAGUUUAGCAGAUCUACGGCAACAGAUCGACACACGUCUUGACGUUAUGCAGAAAAAUAUCACAGAUGAGCUGAUAGCAAAUUACAAAGAAGAGAAAUAUGAUCUGGAGAUGUCUAUGCAGAAAUGUGAACGACUGAUGUUUUCGAUUCAAAGCACAAUAGAAUCUUCGGGGAAAGCGAUUCAGAGGAAUGACAGUGUGGACACGAUCUUGUUGUAUCAGAGAGGUCAGGCGGAGGUCAAGUCUUACGAGGACCUGGUCACAGAAAUGAGGAAGAAUUUCACCACAGUCAGAAUAAAACACAUCGUCGACCCAAAUCUCCUAACGUUGGAUAAGGACAGUCCACUAUCUAUGGGCAACAUCAAAAUGGAAAAGACUCCUAGUCGUCUUCCUGGUCCUAUGUCGUCUCCCUUAUCACAAUGUGGAGUAACGGAGGUAAGCAAGUUCUGCAUCAAGUGUCCAUCAGAUGACGCAGAUUGCCAUGCACCUGGGAUCGUUUACUUACCGAAUGAUCAUAUUGUUGUUGGAGAUUAUCACAACAAAAAGAUCAAAUUGUUUACAGCUUCAGGGAAAUAUGAAGAUGAGAUGAAACUUCAAGGAAAACCGUAUGACAUGUGUCGUGUGGAUGAUCACACUGUAGCAGUCGCUAACUAUAAUGCGCCUAUUAUAAACGUCGUUAAAGUCGAGUCCUCAAAAUUAACUCUUCUGUCAGAAAUAAAACUCUCAAAUAGUAUAACUCCCUGGGGUAUCACUACUACAGGUGACGAGUUUACUGUGAGUUGUAGGGAGGUCUUGUACAAUGUCCAACAAAAUGGAAAUACGCAACAUAUACAAACUUACCCUUUCCAAUGCUAUCAUCUUGUGUCCGAUCCAAGAACCCUUCAUGUAUAUGGCAGUCAGUGGAUAUCCAUGAGUGGGGGCGUAGCGGUAUACAGACUGUCAGACGGUACUGGUGCAGACAUUGUGACAGUUGGUGUCCUGAAGAACGCGUUUGGAGUAGACGUCGACGUAGAAGGCAAUGUGUACGUGUGUGGGCGGGAGUCUAACAACGUGGUACAAAUGUCGGAGGAUGGGGCCCACGUCAGAGAACUGCUGACGUCAUCAGACGGUGUAUACAGUCCGAGAGCGAUAUCUGUCUGUGGGGACAUGUUUGUUGUGACAAACGAGUCAUCACAGAAUAGGAACUACGUACAUGUCUUUAAACUUAAUGAUCAGUAACAACGAUCUAAUUAUACAGACGAACCAGAAACCGACAGUAGUAUGCUGACAGUAUACUAUUUACUUAGUAUGAAAGUAUAACCUACAUGUACUCACUGAGGAAUAUCAAUAUCUUCGCCAAACAACGUUGCUGUAGACAUGCGAGUCUUUAUGUGAUAAUGUAUAGUUUUACUCCUAUAACGUGUCAAGUUUUCUAUUGGGAAAAUCGUAUUCUCAUGGUCACUGUUUAUCUUCAACAUUACGAUACAUUUUUAAGUUAAGGAUUGCCAGAGUCAUGCUUAAACAGAUCGGUACGUCAUUGCCUAUCUUUACAUUCAUAUAAUGACGAGAAAAACACAUUCAGAAUGUUAUGAUGUGAUUUGUGUGUGUUUAAUGAAAGUAUAUAUUAUUUAUGGAUGUACCUGUAUGAAAUAUAGAAGUAUCACCUGUUUGUGAUUUUAUGAAAUGUUGUAGAGAUGUGUAUAUGUUUUAUAAAGUAGAGGUGUAUGAGGUUUAUUCUUGCCUAGUAUACAUUGCUAAAAUACCUAACAUCGAUGUACCCAAAUCAAGUGUCCCGUUUUGGGUACACUCCCGAUUUGGGUACGGUGACGGUAGUCUCACCCAGCAUACAUGUCUAUUUUCACAUCAAAUAACAAUUUGGUAAUAGUCUGUUUCAAAAUGGUGGUGGUGGAUAUGUUAUAAUAAAUAUCAUUAUUAAGAAAUUAUGUCUAUUUUAAUCAAAUAAAUAUUCCAUUAUCUUUGUAAAAAAAUAUUUUUAUGACAUGUGGUACUUUGCAGUAGAUGGUAUAUGUUUAUUACGAAAGUAAAAGAAAUGUGUGUAUUUUCUAUCAGAAGUCAAAAAAAAUGUGCUUUCACAAUUCUCAGUUAUUAUAACAUUAUAGCUGCAAGAUACUAGCCGCCUGCAUGAUAUUCCAAUCUUGAAUUAUUGUUGGUCGGAAGAAAAGCCUCAUUACCUAACCUUAUUAAAUAUCAAAGACCAUUUAAACAUUCUGUAGUGCAUUGUCUAUAAUUUCAAUUGAUGCAAUCACAGUUAACUGAAUAUUUCUUAUUUUCAUGGUUGUGUAUGCAGAAUUGAGUUCUUAAACUGAUAUCGUUCGGACAUACACAGUAGAAAGAAAAGAAAAUUGUUUUUAUCGUUUUCACUUUUCAUAACUUCACGAAUGUCAAGAUUUAUUCAAACCUUGGGCCAUGGACCAAUCAAUACAUGAUAUACAAAAUACAAUUUACAGAGAUAAUGUACAUUAUAUGCACACUUGAUAACCGAAUAGCCUUACUGUCGGCGAACAGCAAAUGUGGAUGAUUAUAUUUGGUCAUUUGAUUUUUAACUACCGCGAGCUCCUUUGAUGACUUGACAAGUUGCCCGAACAAAUACCUCGUGUCAUUGUACAAUGUCCUCGGUGGACAUGUAACGCUAUCUUUGAUUGGUUCACUCUGUUUCAGCAAGCGUUCUCUUCAGUGUGAUUGACAUCCAAUUAGUAGCCACUCAGUGUAAUUAUAGUCGCACAGCAGGUGAGACGACAGGGCUUCUCACAACAGGCAUGUGCCGAUUACCGACACCCACAGGGGCUCGAUUUCGGGAUAUUUAACCAAAAUUAUUACAAUUUACGUAAUUUAUUACUCAAAAUUCCAAAACCUAUCCCCUGUGCUGACAACCAGUAACUAGUAAAAAAAAGACUGACACGAGAAAAAGAUAACACAUCCUCAUGUUAUUAUAGGACAUGUGUAAAUUGUCUUUUUACUCGUAAAACAAGGACCUGUGCUAUCAAACACGGGUUUAAAAAUAUCUGGACUUAAAGAACGAAAACGCGUUGAUUGGCAACGGAAGGUAUACACAUGAUUACAUAUUUUGUCUACACAUAACCACACUUGUUGAACAAUUUUCGCACACUUCAGAAAUGGACAGGAUCUGUUAUUUUUAUUGCCAUGGGCACGAUGUCCUUCAUGAGGGCAGUUGUCGCACGUCAAUUUAGUGAUUGUGCAUCCAGGAAUUGCGGUUGGUGUUGGUGACACAGGCGUCAUUUGCUUUAAUUUCACCUCCUCCUUUUUUAUUCUGAAACAGGUAAAUAGUUGUGCUUUGUUUGCCUGUAAGACGUUACAGUUCGUUUUCAAGGUAUACGUACCCAGCGGACUUGACCAGAGGCGGCGUAGUACAUUUCUCCAUAUCAGUUUUCUUUGCCGGGGGAUUUAGGGUUAUAGUUGCAACUUCGUCGUCAGCAUUACACACACUUGAUGAGGCGGAAUCAUAUUUCAGUUGUUUUGGGCGAAGCGAUUCGGCUUUUGGAUUAGUACUGAUUGUAGCAUUAAACGGGCUCCUGUGUCUCUUUAGUGCAUUCUUCGUGUCUGGAGACUGCAGGUUAAUUAUCUGGUCAAUUAGAACACGUUUAUAUACGUCCGGGAUUUGCAUAAGUUGGACCUCUCUAGGUCUCAGGAAUUGUAACGUUCGCUUGUUACCGACCUCAUGUACAGUUCAUACUUGUAUGUUAGUAGACCUGGGUCCAAACUUUUGACAAAGUCAUCUGCCGAUUUUGAGUCGUCCAUGUUGAUUCUGUGCACGUUACCUUCAUAAUGACACAUCACGCACUAUGCAACUAGAAAGUACCGCCUAUUUUCAAUGCAGCCAAUGAGAUCCGUCGAUACAUCAUCAAAGUGAUGAACAACGUUACUGACGCAACUCAACAAUCAAAUCAUCAAAUAAAAUCGUCCAUAGUCCACACUUACUGUUCGCCGACAGUAAAGGCAGAGACCUUUUACAAUCAUAUUUUUAAUAAACCGUACUGUAAUAUUUUGCAAUUUACUACACAUCAAUAGAAAUGGAUAUAUCUUUCAUGUCUGUGGAGUUACAUUCCUUACAAUGACUUAGUUCUCUAGGAAUAUUUAUAUAUCUGCCAGUCUCAAUAAAUGUGAAGAGGUAUUUUAUCCGGUAAAAUAUAUUCUAUACUUUACUGGAUUAUACUUAGUAAGAUAAAAUUGAAGAGAAAGCAUUUGUACCAAAAGAUGUUUACAUAAAAACAUUUUGGUGAACUAUCUAUCGAAGCUCUGUAAGAAUCACCAUGAUCAAAAAUUGUUUCAUCUCUAUAUCAUGAUUAACUUUUGGUUACUAACACUGUAAUGAUUUAACCAUAUAUCUCCGAAUCCUAAAUUGUUUAAAAUCAACCAUUACAGUGUUACCUCAGAUAAAAGCAUUUCUUAAACAAAAAAAAUGUAAAGAAAUUAUGAUACAA